UGCGCUGGGCGUUGGAAGGUCGACCCGGGAGGCGCGCGCCGCUGGCAGAGCGCGGGUGGCUGCACGCGCGUUGCUCCAUCUCCAGCCUGGCAUUCCCUCUCGGAGCUGCAUGUCAAAAGGAAAUCUCCUUGGUUACGUGUGUAAAAUGGAGAACCAUUUUUUUAAAAAAUAUAUUUUUCAGAUCCAAGAAUGGACAUUAUAACCUAUGAUGAUUACUCCAGUCCACCGCUUCAGAGAUAUUGAGAGGAAACCGGAAUACCUUCAGCCGGACAAGUGCGUUCCACCUCCCAGCAACGGUUCCUCAGGAACAAUGUGGUUUAUUCGAGAUGGCUGUGGUAUUGCCUGCGCAGUCGUCACUUGGUUUUUGGUCUUGUAUGCUGACUUUGUAGUCCUCCUUGUUAUGCUGCUUCCAUCAAGAGACUAUAUUUACAGUGUGAUCAAUGGAAUAGUUUUCAAUGCAUUGGCAUUCCUGGCUCUGGCUUCACACAUGCGAGCUAUGAUAACAGAUCCAGGUGCAGUGCCCAAAGGUAAUGCCACAAAAGAGUUCAUAGAAAGUUUACAGCUAAAGCCAGGACAAGUGGUUUACAAGUGUCCAAAAUGCUGUAGUAUCAAACCGGACAGAGCACAUCACUGCAGUGUUUGUAAGAGAUGUAUACGGAAAAUGGAUCAUCAUUGUCCAUGGGUUAACAACUGUGUAGGAGAGAAUAACCAGAAGUACUUUGUACUGUUUACCAUGUAUAUAGCAUUAAUUUCCCUGCAUGCCCUUAUCAUGGUUGGAUUUCACUUCCUGUAUUGUUUUGAAGAAGACUGGACAAAGUGCAGUUCUUUCUCUCCACCGACUACUGUGAUCCUUCUUAUACUCCUGUGUUUUGAGGCUCUCCUCUUUCUCAUCUUCACAUCUGUAAUGUUUGGAACGCAGGUACACUCCAUCUGCACUGAUGAAACGGGAAUAGAACAGUUGAAAAAAGAAGAGAGAAGAUGGGCUAAAAAAACAAAAUGGAUGAACAUGAAAGCAGUAUUUGGCCAUCCGUUCUCUAUAGUUUGGCUUAGCCCAUUUGCUACUCCAGACCAAGGCAAAGCAGACCCAUAUCAGUAUGUGGUCUAAGAAUUGAUGAACAGCAUUUCCACUAAAACAAAACUGCAUUUAUGGCACUUCGGUUAUUAUACAUGAAUGUUUCAAAUGAAAAGGCAAUUUUUUUUUACAAACUGCCUAUUAAAUGGCUGAUCAUUGCAGAGAAAAAUGCCUAUUAAAUGGCUGAUCAUUGCAGAGAAAAAGCAGCCCUGUAUUCUGAAAACUUUUGGUAAUUCUCCAUCUCUGGUGGCUGAAGCUUUUUCCUUUCUCUUUUUUAACUUGUUAACUUUACUGGCCUGUUUUGUUUUUCCGUCUGCUUUCUCUGACAUGACUAAUGUAAAGGGGAAUUUCUUUUUUCUAUGCCUACUCACCCAUAUUGAUUGAGUAGUCCUUUCACCAUGGUUGACAUCCAAAUGACAGUCUAUGCCAGCAGUGCCACCAUCUUCUUACAUAAAAUGUUAUGGACUUCUUGAUGGCAGAUGAUGCUUUUAGUUGGCAGUAAGGACUCUCUCCUUGUGUUGUGGUACAAUUUCCCACUAAGUUUAAGCCUCACUUACUAAGAGCUGAAAGAUGGAAGAUAAAAGUGUGAUCCUACAAGAGGGCCAGUUAAUAACAAAAUUGCUUAGCAUUUAUUGUUUAAAACAUAUUGCCAACAUUACUGUACAUUACAUUAUUGUACUUUGGACAGCUACAGAAAGGAUUCUUUCUUGCACUGUUUGAUUCCAUACCUUCUCUGGUUAGCAGGAAAUGCUUUCUUCCUAGGUUAAAGGAUGGACAGUUUUUGUGAAUAUGUGUGGAUUGUAAUGCCUUAUAAUUGGAGGAGAAAGAAAUAUGGAGUUAAAUGUGUAGAAUAGCAAGAUAAUGUGUGUCCUGGGUUGCUUUUUUAAAUUGAGGGAUUGUUAUUGAACAGUGUUCAUGUGUAGAAAAGGCUUGCAAGUCCAGAUAAAAACAUAAGCACAGAAUGUUUGUAUAGAUAUGUCAGCAUUGUUCUCUCUUUUUUUAAAACAUUACCACCUUUUUUAUAUCUCUAAAUGUUUGUUCUCCUUUAUAUUUAUACAUAUAUAUAUAUAUUUUACAUUGGGGAAAUGCCACGUGUUAAAAAAAAAAAUCAUGCAUGCCUUCUGUCAUGAUUAUGUGGAUGGCAAACCGUGUAUGUAGUAAGGAUGGGAAGCAGAGAGAUCUUCAAGAGGGCAUUCUGUUUUUAAAAAGAAGCAAGUAGAAGAGAUUACAUCCAAGCUGAUUAUUUUGUAUCUGGAUAGGGACUUUUAUCAUAUAUUUUGGAUAAAAAAAACCCCACUACUGAUGGAAACCUCGGAAUAAUUGCAAAACCAACAACAACACCCUUUAAAAUGAUAGAACUGCAAAUAAGCUGGGCUGCUGCAUUUAUUCUUUAGACUGAAUCAAAGCCAUGGAGUGGGAGAGAAGUCAGUGGAGGAGGCCAAUAGAUCUGUCUCGUUUUGAAAAUAAUGUGAAUGCUGCAUCUUUUCAAUUCUGUCAAUGCUUCCAUAGGGGAAACAAAUGCAAUAAACCUUUUCUGAACACUG